AAACAAAAAAAAAAAAAGUCCAUCGCGACUCCAUCUUGCUCGUGAUUAUCAGCAAAAGGACACAUCCUAAUCAUCACUGCCAAUACAGACAGUUGCCCACCAGUCUCAUUAAAUCGAAACCAACAUCAGGUCGACAAUUUACACCUCUUAUCCGAGACUUGGACGCACGAGCAGCGUCGGCACUAUCGCUCUGGGCGAAUAGUCGCAGUCAGGAUUGCCUCAUUGACUCCUGGUUUCCACUCGAUCAACAAUGUCAGACGUCGAGUCAGAGACAGCCGGGUCGCCUCGGGCCCCUACCAAGGACGAUGAUCAGAUCGACGAUGCCGGCGAAGAUUCCGACGUCCUCUCCGACAUUGACGAAGGUGUCUUUGAGGAAGAAUACAAUCCCGAUACGGCGCGUGUGGAAGAGCGCGACUACGAAGACAUUGCCAAAAGCCUAAAGGCAUCAAAGCGGAAGCGUGGGGAGGGUGAAGCACCACCGAAGCGCAAAACACAGCUCAAGAAGCGCCGUACCGUCGAAGCCGCCGCCGACGACCUUGGUGAUGCCGCUGGCGGUUCAGACGAUGAGAACGGUUCUAGGAGACAACGCAAGUCCCGAAUGGCUGGCGAUUCCAGACGGGCCAAGGCAAAAGAAAAGAGCCCUGAGCCUGAGAUUGAUGAGUCUACCUUGACUCCCGAGGAGAGGCGCAAGCGGGCGCUGCUCAAGGCCAUGGAUGCUGCCGCCAAAGGCCGCAGCAGCAGGCGGCGCAAGAAGGACGAGGUUGACCUUGAGGAAAUGGCCGAUGAGGAGAUAGCAGCCCUCAAAAUUAGCAUGGAGAAUGCCUGCGUGGCUGACAACAAGGCGCGCGAGGAAGGCAAGCCGGCCAUUGAGAAACUGAAACUUCUACCCAAGGUAGUGGCCAUGAUGAACCGUAACGCCAUCCAACACGCCAUUCUUGACCCCGAGACAAACUUUUUGCAGUCACUCCGCUUCUUCCUCGAGCCGCUCAACGAUGGAUCCCUCCCAGCUUACAACAUUCAACGCGAAAUCUUCACUGCUCUUCUGCGACUUCCGGUGGAGAAGGAAGCGCUUCUGAGCAGUGGCAUCGGCAAGGUUGUGCUUUUUUACACCAAGAGCAAGCGUCCCGAGCCCGGCGUGAAGAGAAUGGCCGAGAAGCUCAUAGGAGAGUGGAGCAGACCUAUUCUCAAACGUACCGAUGAUUUCCGCAAGAGGCAUAUUGAGACUCGUGAAUUUGAUUACGCUGCCGCGAAGCAAGCCCAAGAAACAGCUUCCUACGGCAGCUCACAGGCGGCAACGCUGCCCUCGCGCCCUGCCGGCCGCUCCAUCUUCGAGGAGGAAAUCCAAAAGAAGCUGGCGCCCAAGAAUCCGUACCGGACUGCCGGCACAGGUCUGCAAAAGACUUAUACUGUCGCUCCCCAAAGUACCUACAAUGCUCCUGGCGGCGGUGAUUACCGUCCAAUGGGAUCAGGCGGCCUAGAUGCAUUCAGGAGGAUGACUCAAAAGGGAAAGAAGAAGUGAAUAUUGUUGUGGGGAAACAAUGACUUUUGGUUCACAUGUUGUUCAUUGCAAUGCAGGGGGAUCGAUCAUGCGAGGAAUCCUUCUUUUCAAGCUCAUGCCAGGUACCACACACGGCCUGCAUGACGACUAUUUUUGGGAACCGGAAAUGUCUAGCCAACGCUGACAUCUACACUUAAAUACCGUAUCCCAUGAGCGACAAAUACAUUUUUAUAGAAAUCAUGACACCUCAGGUUACCAUAGGUCCAGCUCAGCCAUAGCUGCCUCUUCGUCAUCAAAACUACUCGUUUUGUCCUUCGUUUUGUGUGACGGCGCUGGCUUUUGUUUCAGCACACCU